AUGGCAGCCAGCGAUAUUGUGGCUGGGGUAUGCUUCCUCUGUGCGGGUUUCACUGUCUUCUUUUACGCUGGAAUUCCCCCUCCCAAGGCCUUGCACCGCUUCCUCCCCACUUCUAUCCUCCUCUCAGCUCUAUCCUCCGCCUACAGCCUACUGGCGCUAACGGCUGAGCGCUACUGGUUCAUCGUGCACGGCAUGACGUACGAGAACAACAUCACCAACGAUAGAUGUAAAGUCGCCAUCAUCGUGGUCUGGCUGUUGAGCAGCAUCUUGGCGCUGCUGCCGGUGUUUGGAUGGAACUGUACGUUCCCGUCCCAGGUAGGGUGUUCCCAGUAUGGCGGAGGCACUCCAAAAAGCUACCUGGUCCUGAUCCUGAUUCUCGUCUUCAUUCCGAUGGCGGCGAUCGUGUUCUUCAACCUCGGCGUGUUCCGGUGCCUGUGGCGGCAGGUUAGCGACAUCAUGCUACAGGAAGCCUCGGUGCAGGCCCAGCCGAGUACCAGCAGAAAAUCAGCCGUCACUAUUCUCAUCAUUACCAUCGUGUUUCUGGUGGGCUGGCUGCCAUUUUGCGCUGCAGUCGCCAAAGAAGUGGCCUGCAAAGGCGAUUGCGGCCAAAACUCUGUACAAAUGAUAUUUGUCAUCCUGAACUCCGCGGUCAACCCCAUCAUCUACGGCUUUCGUCUGGAGGAAAUCCGCCGCAAUGUGAAGCGCCUUUUCGUCGGCAACGCCGUGAAUGCAUGGAGCCCAUAG